AAAAAAAACAAUUUCAUUGACAGAUUUUUCCAAACGAGCGAUCUCGUUUUCCACAAUCCACGAUUGACAUAAAUUUAUUUGUCACAAUACCGUUUAUAACAUAAUAUUGCUUUGAUCUCCGAUUAAUCCGUUAUUUACUUUAUGUUUCUCCCAUUUCCCUAGCUUCAUUUUAGUUACAUUUCCAUAAUUUAUUUUGGUGAGAAGUCUAUCUAAAGUGAGAACCAUUAUUUAAAGUUGCAAGACCCACCCUGGAUACUGAAAUUAAUGGUGUCAAAUCUACAGCUGUUCACACCUGUGCAAAUAACACCUGAAGCCUGAAGUCUCAAAACCCUACAAUGACAAUAUCAUAGUCAUUUGGAGCAAGUUAAGUGCAGUGCCAGUGCUUAAUACUCUCAAUGCUAUAACGGUUGAGAAGAUGAGUGAAGAGGUACAAGAUGACAGUAACAAUACUGCGUCUCUCUCACUGGAGCCUGCGGGCGCGGAGUGCGGGGCCACGGAGGCCUCGGGGGCUGAGGGUGGCGGCACCGCGGACGCCUCCACCAAUGUGUCACAAACUCACAUCCCUCAGAUGACAGCAAGUCCUUGUCCCGACAACUCUGGGAAGUGGAACUGUGACUUCUGCACCUACGAGAACUUCCCCCAGUCACGCAAGUGCACCAUGUGCCGCUCGGCCAAGCCUCUCCUCAACGAGGACAUCUUCCGUCUGCAGGACGGUGCCAGCGCGCUGCCGCCGCCGCCGCCGGACUCCAGCGUUUCAGAGGCGGAGGCGGUGGCGGAGCGGCUGCGGCCGCUGUGCAUCGCGUCCCCGCCCGCGCAGGCCGGCGCCUCCUGCGUGCCUAAGUGGCCUUGCCCUACAUGUACAUACGAGAACUGGCCCAAGUCGCUCAAGUGCGCGAUGUGCGGCGCUUCUAGCCCGCAGCCCGCGCCCCGGACCCAAGUCGGUAUAAACGACAUAUGCAACAGUCAGAACGCGUCCAUACAAGACAGUGCGGAGCUCGACACGGCGCGGCGUGCCAAGCGCAAGACUGACUGGCUGUGGCUGCAGGCUUGUCUCGGCGUAGUAGAAGGCGACAUAUCGCUAGUGCACUCGUACCUGUCCGGCGGCGGCGACCCGGCGCGCGCGCUCACCCCGCCCGAGGUGGCGCUGCUCAACCGCGCCUCCGCCUUCGACGCGGGCCACACGUUGGUGCAUCUAGCUAUACGAUUCCAAAGACAAGAUAUAUUAUCGACACUGCUCUCUAGAAUAUCAGGCAGCGGGCCCGGCCUCAAACGAUCUCCUUCCUACAUAGCGCCGGACCUGGCGUCGGCCAUCCGGCGGCACAUCGCGUCGUGCAUCCGCACCAAGAAGGGACCCUUCCAGUGCCGGUACAUCAACGAGUUCUGCACAUUCUCUCUACCAGCCGAGAUCGAGGAGCUGCCGCCCGUGAUACAAGAGCAGUUGUUCUCAGAGCUUCUAGACCGCGACGCACAGAGCACGCUAGAGGCAGACCCGCCGCUCAUCAACUGGAGCCGAGACUUCAACGACACACUCGCCGGCACCCGCCUCUACGCUCUCUGGAACCGCAGUCUCGGCGACUGCCUGCCCGACGCCGUGAGCCAGGCGACCUACGGGGUCAGUGACCGCGAGCGGGUCCUGCGCGCCGCCGCCGCCGCCUCGCUCGCUAACAACAGACAACGUUUCUACGAGCGCUGGAGCACAUGGGAGCGCCUCCAGGCCUCGCUCCUACACUACACGCCGGACGAGAGCCAGCUGCUGGCGGAGUGGACGCGCCUCGUCGCCCCCGCCGCCGCCCCCAACACGCCUCUACACCAGCUACACGUGUUUGCGUUGGCGCACGUGAUCCGUCGUCCGAUCAUCGUGUACGGAGUGAACGUCGUCAACUCGUUCAGAGGAGAGGCGCUGGGGUACGCAAGGUUUCAAGGAGUGUACCUCCCCCUACUCUGGGAGCCCGAAUUCUGCAGCAAAUGGCCGAUCUGCCUCGGCUACACGCGCGGACACUUCUCCGCGCUCGUGAGCGUCGAGCCCUACUCGAGCACCCGCCGGUAUAUAUGUCGAGAGCGUCCUGAGAACGCCGAGGUGUAUCUCCCUCUGACGGACUUUGAGGGCAAGCUGCUGCCUGUGCACUUCCUCAACUGUGAAGAGUUGGCAGACACAGAAGGCGUGCUCCGUCGCUGGCUGUCAGUCUCCGGGCGAGGCGCCUCGCUGACGGCGCGCCAGCGCCUGCCGCCGCGCCCGCUGCUGCUGGCGCAGAUGUUGGAGGAGUGGCUCAACCACUACCGCCGCACUAUUCAACAAUGCCGCGGUCCGUUCCCGCCGCGGCUGCACGCCGCCGCCGCCGCCGAGCUCUCCAGCGACCCCGACUCAGACGAGGAGUGACGUCACACACACACAGAUACACAUAUAUAAACACUGACAUAGACACACACAUAAUACACAC